CUGUUCUCUUCGUCUUCCUCGUUCUCUCUGUCUCACCCUCAGCCUACCAUGCCUAACCCUGUAAAACCCUAAUAAAUAAUAAUAAUGUCUUCUCUACAAACUCACAUCCGCCAAUUCAAUUAACCUCUCUUACUAAAUUCAAUCAAUCGGUCUCUCCUCAGCACAGCUAAUAAAUAAUAAUAAUGUCUUCUCUACAAACUCACAUCCGCCAAUUCAAUUAACCUCUCUUACUAAAUUCAAUCAAUCGGUCUCUCCUCAGCACAGCUCACCGUCGCCAACGAUCUGGUGGAGCUGGUGCUCUUUCCUCCCCUCCCUCCCGGCCGAGCUGCUCCGUACUGUUUCAAACGAGUUCGAUUCGCUGCUGCUGCUGCUGCAUCACGAGGCCAUAAAUUCCGUAUCAGAUAGACUGAGAGAAUGGCGAAAGGGGUCGAGUUGGCUCAGUGUUCGGAACUCGUGGAUCGGCUCAGCUCGUUGCCUGAUGACAUCCUUAUUGACAACAUCCUGCCACUUUUCCCAAUCAAAGAAGCAGCGAGAACCAGCAUCCUGUCACGCAGAUGGAGAUUCCUUUGGCCCCGUGUUCCCUUCUUGGAUUUGGAUUUCGACGCCUCUAAAAUGGUUGCGGCAUGCCCUCUUCUUGAUAGGGAUAGCCGAAGAGAAUUCUUCCGCUACGGCAGCAGAGCAGCUUCCGAUUAUGUCGACUGGGUGAAUCGAGUCGUCCUUUUUCACAGUAGGCGCUCGAAUUCUUUGCGUCUAUUCCGUAUUCGCUUUCUCUUGGAUGAGAGCUUCUCCCAGGAUAUCGACUCCUGGCUUAUGCUCUCCCUAGAAAAGGGAGUGGAGGUGCUUGAGCUCGAUUCCUGUCGUAGAUUGCUCAAAGAGAGGUAUCGUCCCUGCAGGUUCCCCUCCAUUCAGCCCCGUCUAUUUCCCAAGCUUAAUUUACUGAAAUCGCUCUCCCUGGCUGGUGUAUCCAUAAAAAAUGAUUCUCUGGAGCAUCUGUUGCUGGGGUGCGAGUUCCUCGAGAGACUGCACCUUUGCUGUUUGAAGCCGUUAACCGCGGUCAACGUCACCGGUCCCGUGUCGAGGCUGCAAUACAUAGACCUGUCCCACUGCCUAUGUGUGCGUUCGAUCAUGUUAUCAGCCCCUACGCCUGACCUUGUGUCAUUCACGUACAGUGAUUGGGCAAAUCCUCACGUGCAUGUUGAGCUUGCGCCUCGGCUUGUUGAUCUGUUCAUUGCCAGCAAUUUCGAUCUUUUUGCUCACCCACUCUCUCGCUAUGUUGCCCAGCUCCAGACCCUUCACCUGCACAUAGAAUAUUGGAGCUUGGCACAAGGGGACUUGCAUCGUUUUCCCAACCUAAGCGGUCUGAAGCACCUGAAGUUGUCACUAGCUUGGCUCAAUUAUGGUCUAUCUCUUGAAAGAGAGGAUCUCCGCGGUCUAACUUCCCUGAUAAAGGCAGCCCCGUCCGUGCAACACCUAACACUGGUCAUGGAAUCUAGUCCCUUCAGACAGCUAAUGGUCAGAGAUGAAUUUGCCAACUUUGAUCUUCAGUUUCUACGGGUGAUAGAGAUAGUAGGGUGGCGAGGUCAUGAGAUGGAGUGCAAGCUCGCUGUGCACCUGAUUAAGUGUGUUACAUCACUCGAGAAGCUUAUCAUUGAUUGUCGGGCCCCAUUAUUACUGGGAAGCAUUAUCGACGAGUAUGGUUUUGCAAAGGAAAAGAUAGGAGAGGUGAGGAGAAAUGCCUUAGAGCUCAAGCAAGCUCUGUCAUCCAAGGUGAAGCUAGUUGUUAUCUAAUUACAAGACAAAUUAGGAGCUUCUGGACCUAUGUGAACAAGCAGGUUCCCUAGCAUUAAUCAAGCUCGUAUAAUUACGUCGGGGUUGAAUGUUUAGCCUCGUGGUCAUGCUUGAUGAACGUGGUUGGAUGCUUUGGUCGGAUUUUAAAGAGGUUUCACAGGCUUGGAAGGAGCAAUAAGAUCUCAGAAGCGGUUUCGAAGGAAACUAGCGAAGCUUGCAACGUGUUAUUCAUCCACCCGAAAUAACCGCAUGACACUAUGCGAUAACUUAUCCACUAGGUUAAAGACUCUCUGCCUGCCACAGAGACUGUCCCGUCCUGAGAAAUAAGGUCCUUGGAGGAUCGAUACAUAAAUAUUUGUCUGCAACAAAGUUAUUGCUAGCUAGUAUUUAUGUAUAUAUAUGAAGGAAGAUCCCGCACUUUUCACUGGUAAUAUUUUGGUCGAUUUUAAACUUUUCAUCAUCAUUUACAGAAUAUUAGUGAUUUAUUUCGGAAGGACUCGAAUGAGUACUAGAAUUUUAUGAUA